GGCCAACGUGGGCAAAAGAAUACACCAGAAAUAGCGACACAAGUCGACUUGAGUCAGUAAAUGGAAGGACCCAUUAGUGAUGCACUUUCUUCCAAUAAAGCUCCGUGCUUGAAACUUUGACAAUGAGCUUCGGGAAUGUUACUAGACUUGUGCUCUUGCCUGCGCAAAAAGUUUUAGAACGCAACCCGGUGAGCUUCUGCCGUGGGUUCCUCUCUGGUUUCCCUGGUUUCCACAGUUCGAUUCGUUUGAUCAGCUGGAACGAAGGACGUCAUCGUCCGCAAUCCCGCAAUAUGUCAAAAAUGUCGGGUGCGAAUCAAAGAGUUCCGAUUUCUGUCGAUAUCGGAGAUAUGCGGAUCAAAUACAAAGACAAGAGCGAAACAUUCAGUGAAGAUGAUCUAAAGAGCAAAGAACCAUUUGGUCAGUUUCAAGCAUGGUUCGAUGAAGCACGUGUGACACCAGGAGUGCUGGAGCCAAAUGCCAUGUGCCUGGCGACUGCAACUAAAGAUGGGAUACCAUCAGCUAGAUAUGUUCUUCUCAAAGGUUUUGGCACAGAUGGAUUUAAAUUUUAUACUAACUACGAAAGCAGAAAGGGCCGCGAAUUGGAAGAAAAUCCAAACGCAGCUUUGACCUUUUACUGGGAGCCAACGAGGCGAUCAAUACGUAUCGAGGGAACUGUUGAAAAAACCUCUGCAGCUGACUCUGACGAGUAUUUUCAGAACCGACCUUUUCACAGCCAGCUAGGUGCACACGCUAGCAAGCAGAGCAGCGUUAUUGCUGGUAGAGAAACGCUGAUGGUGAAGGAAAGAGAACUAUUGGCCCAAAAUACUGAGGGACAAGUCAAGAGACCAGAGUGUUGGGGGGGGUUCAAAGUGAUUCCACGUUCCAUAGAGUUCUGGCAAGGUCAGAGUGAUCGUCUACAUGAUAGAAUAAGGUUCAGACGUAGAGAACCUCACGACAAACCAGACGGAAUUCUUCUUCAUGAAGGGGAAGAUGGUUGGGUCUAUGAAAGACUAUCCCCAUGAUGUCUCGAGAUAGGAAAUUUAAACAUAUCUCUGAUUCACGUGAAAGUUUAUUUUUGUACAUGACAACAAUCUUUAGCAAGUUUUCAAAUGUUAUUUUAUAUUGAAUGAAAACGACUUUCUUGACCUUGUUGAAUUGUUGUGUAAAUAUUAUUCUUGGAUAUAAAGGUCAUAAACAAAAAACAUUAUUUUUGUGUUAACGUUUCAGCCCGGAUGGCGGCCCUCAGAACAAUUUAUUUCAGAACAUCUGUCAUGAACAGUAAAAAUUUUUAUAAUGUACAACAGUUAGUUAUCACAAAAUUAUAUGUGAUAAGCAGGAUUGUUUGUGCUAAUAUAAAUAAGAGGGAUUACCUGAUGAUGAACUGGCACUU